AUAAAUAUAUAUUAUUUCAUCUUCUACGUCUCACCCCCAGCACCACCAUCGAUCCCACCAUUUUUGUCUCCCUUCCGCAUGCAACCCUAACACUGGAAAUCAACCAAAAUUCAAAACCUGUCUACCUUGUUUCCUUGUUUCUGCAUGUUAUGAUCGAUCGGUGGUGGUGUGUGAAUUUCUAAAGCUAAAUCUCAAAUGAAAUCUCAAAUGUGUCGCUAAAAAGCACAACGUUGGGGAUCAUCAAGAAAUGGAGGUGCAGCGGAUGAGACAAUUGAUGUUGUUGUGGUCUAGAGUGCAAAGUACACGUGUGGCCCUCGUGGGUGGAAAUCACACCGCCGCCAGGUUUUGCACCCGCUAAGUUCUUUGGCUCUGCUCAACCUCCCUCUCCUAUAUAGCUUAAGCUUUCUGCUAGUAGCAACCAUAUUGUUUUUCUCUUUUUUUUUUUUCUUUUUUUCUUUUUUCCUUUUGGUUUCAAAUAUUUUCCUGUCCCCGCUUCUAUGCACUAUUUCCGGUUCACCAUUCUCACGAAAACAAGAACGCCACCGGCCACCGUAGUACUCUAGUAUUCAUCUACGCGCGUACUUCUCCAUCCAAUAAAGAGUUUGCGAAUAUGGACAUCGACGUCAUAGCUCGAGGUUUCUGCAAGAAAUACAAUCACUUUCCCGGAGAUGGGCUUGGAUCGUACCAUGAUGCUCGAUAUUUAGUCAUCUGCAGGCUCUCCGGCUCCAAGAUUUUGAAACUUCUCUUGCGCUCCUUGGUUUUGGCGUUGCUCAUUGUUUCUUUCCCACGGCUAGGGUCGAUUGUUAGAGGAUUCUUGGCCUCUUCACCAGUCACUCCUGAGGCUGAAGUUGGAGCCGAUCUGACAAAUCUCGGACAUUUGCCUUUGAUCUUCCGUGAUUUGACAAAUGAAGGCCUCCUGAAAGUGGGAGAGAAAGCUGUUUUCCUAAGCAAUGGCGAGGAAGCUAAAUACAGGCCACUGCAGGUUCUAAGGGACCAUGAAAUGGACGUCAUCUCCAUCACGAAUUUGGAGCGACAGAGCUCGAUUCAGAGCGAAACUUUUGACUUCGCGUGGACAUCUAACUUCCCAGCUGCCGCAGAUUUCAUCGACCGGACCCUCAAGAUAGGCGGCAUUGUCGCCAUUAAGCUCGGUGAAAAUCCAUUGGUUACAUUGAACGGGCCGUCCAACUAUAAACUCGUCUACAUCAGCCGUCGCUUCGAGUCGACCGUCGUGGCCAUGAAGAAAACCGGUCUUGCUGAACUCAAUUUGGCCACAAAAAGAAAGCUAUGUGGGGAGACAUCGGAAGCGAAAAAGGCUGCGCUCCAGAACCUCGAAGACGUUCUCCUUGAGCCGCCACGGGCAGCUUCAGGGAAAUCAAGCCGCUAUUUGAAACGAACCAGGUACCUUCCUGAUCUAAUGGGCGACAACCUCGAAAGCUACCCACGGCGUGUGUUCAUAGACGUUGGAUUGCCAGAGAAGGAAGGCGGUAGCGGAACUAAUUGGUUCGCAAAGCAUUAUCCGACAAGGAAUAAGGACUUCGAGAUGUACAAGAUCGAGACAGUGACGGAAGGCAAGGAGGUCCCGCAAAUCGGGAUGUCGGAGUGGUUGAAGAAGAAUGUAAGAGACGAGGAGUAUGUGGUGAUGAAGUCAGAGGCUGAAGUAGUGGAGGAGAUGGUGAAGAGCAAGGCGAUAAGGUUGGUGGACGAGCUUUUCUUGGAAUGCAAGCCACAAGGUCACACUAGUAGGAAGAAUGAAAACAAAUAUAGAAGCCGAAGGGCUUACUGGGAAUGCUUGGCACUGUACGGACGGCUGAGGGAUGAAGGUGUUGCGGUGCACCAGUGGUGGGGUUGACAUGCAUGCUACAUGCAGAACGAAGAUUAAUUUCAGAGAGAGAGAGAGGUAGGUGAUCAUCAUCAACGUAGCAAGCAAAGAUCAUGCAGUUCUUACAUAUAUUUGUCAUAUUUCUGGGAAUUAUUUGGUUGUACGGGUUUAUAUUUUUGCAUUGUGCGUUUGUAUUUUGUCCGUUUGUGUUGAGUGUACGUGCAUGGUACUUGUUGAUGAUCUGUUGUUUGGCUAUCAAUCGCGCCAAUGCAAUUUGAUUGCUAA